AUGGUUGUAAACCGUCGAAUGGUGAGGUCGAUGAAUGUAGAAGUGUAUUCACGAUGUCUUGAAACAUUUCGAGUUAAGGAGACCAUCGGUUGUCGACCUGGUAUACCACCUAGGUCCUAUAGAGUUAAUCUCCGAAACAGACAGUGCGAUUGUAGGAGGUUCCAAACAUUUCAUUAUCCAUGUGAGCAUGUCGUGGUAGUGUGUGCUAAAGUAUUGCUCAAUGUUGAACAAUUUACCGAUGAUGUGUACACCCUUGAGUGCACGUUGCGUGUCUGGGAGAAUGAGUUCCCUGUCUUGCCUAACCUGUCUACGUGGGAUGUGCUUCCGACGACUUUCGAGCUUGUCCCAGACAAAGGGUUACGUAGGAAUCCGAAAAAUAUUCCGCAAUCAUCCAGAAUCCAUAAUGAAAUGGAUAUUAGGGAGAAACCUGACGGUAAGCUUUAUGGAUUAUGUAGAUUAGCUUAUCAUAAUCGAAGUAAAUGCCCGCAGUGA